AUGGAAGCAGAGAAAUUAGAGCCAGAUGUUGUCAUCUACAACACAGUCAUUGAUGGUCUCUGCAAAUACAGGCAUCCGGAUGAUGCACUCGACCUAUUCAAUGAAAUGGAGAACAAAGAGGGGAAGCUUUUGGAAGCUGAAAAAUUGUACGAGGAGAUGAUCAAAAGGUCUAUAGCUCCUGAUAUUGUCACUUACAAUUCACUGAUCAAUGGGUUUUGCAUGCAGAGUCGCCUAGACGAGGCCAAGCAGAUGUUUGAGAUGGUUAGCAAAGGUUGUCUCCCAGACGUAGUGACAUAUAAUACUCUGAUAAAUGGAUUUUGCAAGUCUAAGAGGGUAGAGAUGGCAUGGAACUCUUUCGUGAGAUGUCUCAAAGAGGAUUGGUUGGAGACACAGUCACUUACACACUCUUAUCCAAGGUUUUUCCAAGCUGGAGAUUGUGAGAGUGCCCAACAAGUUUUCAAACAGAUGGUUUCUGCUGAUGUGCCUCCUGAUAUUUGGACAUACAACAUUUUGUUAGAUGGGCUUUGUAAAAACGGGAAGCUAGAGAAGCAUUGGUCAUAUUCCAGGAUAUGCAAAAGAGUGAAUGGAACUUAA